GUCGCGGCCGAGAUCCGGUCCGCGCGCUAGGAGGGGUACAGGGACGUCGCAGCCGUAAUCGUCUCUCGCGUCCGUCCGCACGUCCGCCGCCGCCGCCGCCGCCGCCGUCGUCGUCGUCGUCGCGUUCGUUAUCAUGCCGUUCGACGCCACUCGUCGAUACUGUUGUUGUUACCAUUAUCAUUAAUCGUUUUAUUGUUAGUACACCGUUGUUAUUGUUGCUCUACUCCGCUGCCGCUUGCGGGUGUCGCGACGGUUGCCCGCGACGGAUUCCCGAUCGAUUCGUCAUCGACGUUUAAACUUUUCGCCGUAGAACGUCGAACGGACGCUGUACACACGCGCACACGUACGUGACACGCAUACGCUCGCUCGAUCGCGCGCGCACACACACAUACACACGCGUACGGUGCCAACGCGUCGCGUACCGCUGUCGCACAUCUCAUCGUCGCACAUCCCAUCGUCGUCGGCGGAUACAAACGAUGGCUACGUUGUCGCUGAGGAUCUCCAUAGUCGAGCGAGAUGUCACCAAGACGAUGCAAUUCGAUCCGACCAUAUCCGUGUACAACGCGUGCCAGCUGAUCAGAGAAAAAAUAUCCGAAGCCAACUUAGAUCAACCCAAAGAUUAUGGAUUGUUUCUCGCUGAUGAAGAUAUCAAAAAAGGAGUUUGGUUAGAGCCUGGACGUAACUUGGAAUAUUAUAUCCUGAGAAAUGGGGAUUUACUGGAGUAUCGAAAAAAAAUGAGAACAUUAAAAGUACAUAUGCUUGAUGGAACAUUGAAAACCCUUCUUGUUGAUGACAGUCAACCAGUGGCUAAUUUAAUGGUUGUUAUAUGUACAAAAAUUGGAAUUACAAAUCAUGAUGAAUACAGUCUUGUUAGAGAAACUUUAGAAGAAGAAGUUGAGAAUAAAGCUAAUUUUGGAACUUUAACUCUAAAAAGAAGAAAAGAAGAUCGAGAACGAGAAAAAGAUGCGAAGAUGGAACAGUUGCGUAAAAAGUUGAAAACAGAUGAUGAAGUUAACUGGGUUGAUCCAUCUAAAACAUUAAGAGAACAAGGUAUUGAUGAAGGUGAACGUGUGCUAUUGCGAAGGAAAUUUUUCUUUUCUGAUGGAAAUAUAGAUUCUCAUGAUCCUGUACAAUUAAACUUAUUAUAUGUUCAGGCAAGAGAUGCAAUUUUAGAUGGAACUCAUCCAGUAACAGAAGAACUUGCUUUACAAUUAGCUGGUAUUCAAACUCAUAUUCAAUUUGGCAAUUACUGUGAAACUAAACAUCGUCCUCCAUUUUUAGAUCUCAAAGAAUUUUUGCCUCAAUCUUAUACUAAAAUUAAAAGUAUAGAAAAGAAAAUAUUUUCUGAACACAAAAAACAUAUUGGUUUAUCUGAACUGGAUGCUAAAGUUCUCUACACUAAAACUGCUCGAUCAUUACCAACUUAUGGAGUCACAUUUUUCUUAGUCAAAGAAAAAAUGAAAGGAAAAAAUAAAUUGGUUCCUCGCCUUUUGGGAGUCACAAAAGAUUCAGUCUUACGUUUAGAUGAAAGAACCAAAGAGAUAUUAAAAACGUGGCCACUUACGACCGUUAGAAGAUGGGGAGCAUCACCAAAUACAUUUACAUUAGAUUUUGGAGAUUACUCGGAUCAGUAUUAUUCAGUGCAAACAACUGAAGCUGAACAAAUACUUCAGUUAAUUUCCGGUUACAUUGAUAUUAUAUUAAAAAAAAAAAAAUCAAAAGAUCAUUUUGGCAUUGAAGGAGAUGAAGGUUCAACUAUGGUAGAAGAUAGUAUUUCCCCUCUUAAGGCUACAAUUUUACAACAUGAGAGUAGUCAAUUUGGAAAAGUCAAUACUGAAUCUGUUGCCAAACCUGCAGUUAUAAGAGCUGGAGCAGAAGGUGCUCGACCAUAUGGAUUGGGACAUGUAGGCAAUGCUCAGUAUACAACAGUCAGUGGACGAGUAAACAUAGCCCAUACUCCAUCAGUAGCACCACAAAACAAACAAAUCAAAGUAUUAAGUGCACCACAGAAAGCAUUGUCAAUGACAAUAUCUAACAGUCAAGAAAUAAUAACCACCAUUGAAAAGGAAUUAAUAUCAAAAGCUGUCAUUCCAGAAUUUGGUACAGAUGCUGCAUCUACUAAACUUAAAGAAACUACAAUAGAUUCUAACAAACAAAAUGUUAGCUCCCAGAUUGCUGCUAUGAAUGCUGCCACAGCUCAAGUAGUUACAUUAACAUCUGGAGAUAUUGAUUAUUCUAGUGUUGAACAAGCUAUUACGUCUAUUACUACAAAUUUACCAGAAAUGAGUCAAGGUGUACGAGUUUUAGCUGCAUUAACCCCAUCUGGUGAUCAUUUAUUAGAUGCAGCUCGUAAAUUGUGUUCUGCUUUUACUGAUCUAUUAAAUACUGUUCAACCAGAUGCAAAUACUGGACGUCAAAAUCUAUUGAAUGCUGCUAGUAAAGUUGGCGAGGCUUCCCAAGAAGUUUUGACUCAAAUUGGGGAUGAGAGUGCAGAUGAAUCUCGUGAUAUUUUAUUGAGCUUGGCUAAAGCUGUAGCUAAUACAACUGCUGCUCUUGUAGUCAAAGCUAAGAAUGUCGCAGCAACUGUAGAACCACAACAUCAAUCAAAUGAGAUAAUUAGUGCUGCAACUACAUGUGCUUUAACAACCUCACAACUAGUAGCAUGUACAAAAGUUGUUGCUGGUACUGUAGAAAAUCCAAGUUGUAAAGAACAAUUAAUGGCGGCUGCUAGAGAGGUGGUUAAUGCAGUUGAAGAUUUAGUUUCAGUAUGCAAUUUAACACAACAUGAAAAUAAUGCACAUUUAUUGCAAGAACUUUCAGAUGCUGCUUAUCAAGUUACUACUACAUUAAAUCAACUACUUAAUCGACUUACAAGUGCUUCUAGAGCUGUUGGUGAAAGUUUGAGUAAUUUGGUAGACGUGUGCACAUCACCAGUUUCAAAAGAAAAGAGAUUUAACACUGAAAAAACUUUCCAAGUUCAAGAAUAUUCAAAGUCAUCUAAUGACACUGGCUUUAUCGAUCAGACCAAUUCUACAAGAAACUCUAGUGGUAUAGGUGAAAAUUUGAUGGACAUAUCAACAUUGACUAAACGAUAUGAAUUUAAUCAUGACACUAACAUCAAUAAUCAAAAUUAUGGUUACCAUAAAUCAACACAUGAUUAUCAGUUACAAAAUACUGUGACAGAAAUUGAAAAACAACAAAUAUUGCAAAAACUUUCAUCUGGUGGAACUCGUGGUACUCAAGCAUGUAUAAAUGCAGCCAGUACGGUUUCUGGUAUCAUUGGUGAUUUAGAUACAACGAUACUUUUUGCAACAGCUGGAACUCUUCAUGCAGAAAAUGAAAAUGAAACAUUUUCUGACCAUCGUGAGAAUAUAUUGAAAACCGCCAAGGCUUUAGUUGAAGAUACUAAAACAUUAGUUACUGGCGCAGCUUCUUCCCAAGAACAACUAGCUGUUGCUGCUCAAAAUGCUGUGUCAACUAUAAUACAGUUGGCUGAUGUUGUAAAAUUUGGUGCAGCUUCUUUGGGAGCUAACAAUCCCGAAGCUCAGGUUAUGUUGAUUAAUGCUGUGAAAGAUGUUGCAACUGCAUUAGGAGAUCUAGUUCAAGCAACUAAAGCUGCAUCUGGAAAAAAUAUUAGUGAUCCAUCAAUGAAUGAACUAAAAGAAAGUGCUAAAGUAAUGGUUACAAAUGUAACCUCACUUUUAAAAACUGUUAAAGCUGUUGAAGACGAGCACACCCGCGGAACAAGGGCUCUCGAAUCAACUAUAGAAGUUAUUGGCCAAGAAAUUCGGGCUUUAAAUUCGAAUGAAACAUUCAAAACAACAGCGACUGUAGAAGAAUUAAUACGUUGUACGAAGCCUAUUACAAUGGCUACAGCCAAAGCUGUUUCAGCUGGAAAUAGUGGUAAACAAGAAGAUGUUAUUGUUGCUGCAAAUAUGGGACGUAAAGCUAUAUCAGAUUUGUUAACCGUGUGCAAAGGUUGCAGUAAUACUAUUGAAAACGCUGAGUUGAGAGAACGGACGUUGCAAGCAGGACACGAUAUUGGUCAAGAAUACAGAAAAUUGUUGCAGACUGUACUUUUGAUAAUAUCAAAACCAAAUUCCAGUACUGAUUCCAAGCAUGUAUUACAAACCAUUUCUCGUUUGAUUGCCCAAUAUGUCACUGAAUUAAUAUCUGUAACUGAAAUUAUCAAAGGUAACGAUUGGGUUAGUCCUGAAGAUCCUACAAUUAUAGCUGAAAAUGAGUUGUUAGGCGCAGCGGAAUGUAUUGAUGCAGCUGCAAAAAAGUUAGCUGCUUUACGUCCUAGGAAAUCAACCAGCGUGGAGGCAGCGGACGCUUCGUGGAAUUUUGAUGAAGUUAUUUUAGAAGCGGCCAAAUCAAUCGCUGCUGCUACAUCAGCUCUGGUGAAAGCAGCAUCAGCUGCUCAACGUGAGCUUAUUGAUUCCGGAAAAGUCAGUCGCAUAACUUUAACUAGUUCAGAUGACGGUCAAUGGUCUGAAGGACUCAUAUCAGCAUCCCGUUUGGUUGCAGCUGCUACUCAUAGUUUAGUCGAAUCGGCGAAUGCUCUGGUUCAAGGAAUAUCCAGCGAAGAAAAGCUGAUUUCAUCGGCCAAACAAGUAGCCUCUUCAACUGCUCAAUUACUGGUGUCGUGUAAAGUUAAAGCUGACCCAGACAGUGCUUCUACAAAGAGAUUAUUGGCUGCUGGUAAUGCAGUAAAACGUGCAACUGACAAUCUAGUUAAAGCGGCUCAACAAGCUAUUCAGAACGAUGAAGAGCGAAGUUUGGUACUCAGUAAACGAAUGGUUGGUGGAAUAGCGCAAGAAAUCAAUGCCAGGUCAGAAGUGUUGAGGAUCGAACGUGAACUAGAGGAGGCUAGGCAACGGUUGGUUGUUAUUAGACAAGCCAAAUACAAGUCUAAAGAUGAUGGUACAAGCCCCACAGAAUUGAUAGAAAAUGACUUGUCAUCGUUUGAACACCAGUUCAAUGGUAACAACAGAAGUACUGCUGAGAAUUGCAAUAACAGUAGUUUGGAUAUUAAUGGAGACAACAUUCAGUCAAACGCCUACAAUAUGUAUAAACUCCUUAACAGUUCAGGCGACCAAACUAGUCUAAACACUUUUAAUGAGACUUUCCAUUCAGGCACGAAUAAACUGUACUCAUUCAAUUCGGGUACACCGAUUACUGACUCGAAUCACAGAAAUGUGUUUAACAAAAACUUGACGUCCACCAUGAACAACACCUUGAAGUAUAAUUGUUCGUCAACAAUCAGUAAAAAUAACACGACGACGACAACUACCACCAAAUCAUACACAGUCAACGAAUAAGAGCAUAUCUGUACC